AUGACCAGAGAAUAUGUCGAGCCUCCAAGAAUUAACUCAAUUGAUAGACAUUGUGAUGAUCUGUGUAUUCAUCUUUCUGCCGCAUUUGGGUACCCGCCUUUAACUAAUGAGUAUAAAGUUGUUGAAUUGUAUAAAUUAAGGGGAGAAUUUGAUUUUAUAGAGGUUGCGGUAUACACUCUUGGAGGCGGAAAUGGGUGGAGAGAUGUUGGCAGGAUUCAUUUUCAAUCUUCGGAGAAGUACAGUCAAUAUGGUGUCUUUGCGCAUGGAGCGCUGCAUUGGGUGGAUGAAAUAUUAGGAACGGUUUUGGUUUUUGAUUUGACUGAGGAAACGUUCAGUGGACAUGUUUCACCACCUCCUAUGCCAGCAAACACUAUAUGUGAUUAUUCUGUAAGAGUUCUGGGAAUUACUGUUUCAAGCUUUGGAGCAGUACUAGGUGAAAAGUUACCAUCAAAACAAACACAUUCUAAGGUUGACGAAAAGUUAAAACUUCUCAAUAAACUCUCACUUAAAACCAUCCAGACUGAAUAUGGUGAUGUUAUUGACUGCGUCGAUAUCUAUAAACAAACUGCUUUUGAUCAUCCUUCUUUGAAGAAUCACACCCUUCAGAUGAAACCAAGCUUUUACCCAACAACUAUGAGCAAAAACGGGUCAUCGAUGCAAGCCAUGUCCCAAAGUUGGUGGAGAAGUGGAAGUUGUCCGAUGGGUACAAUACCUAUUCGUAGAAUCCUAAGACAAGAACUACUUAAUGCUACCUCUCCUGAGAAUUUCGGAAGAAAAAAUCCAUACAUUGUUAAUCCAAAUAGGACUACAGUAACCCAAGAAACUAACAAGACACAUACAUUUAACUUUCUCGACAAAAAUGGAACGUCAAAUUUUCUCAAUGGAACGUCGAAUAGCCUUUACAUCAAUCGCUCGACUGCAAUGCUAAUAACUGAAGGAUACAGUUAUAUAGGAGCUAAAGGAGAGAUCAAUGUUUGGAAUCCAUAUAUUGAAAAGUCAAAUGAGUAUUCGACAGCUCAAAUAUGGCUUGUUUCUGGUUCUCGCGAGGGAAUGGAGAGUGUCGAAGCUGGAUGGAUGGUAAAUCCCACUCUGUAUGGCGAUACAAAAACACGAUUCUUCGUAUAUUGGACUGCUGAUGGAUCACAUACGACGGGUUGCUUUGAUCUUACAUGUACUGGGUUUGUACAAACAAACCAUGAAGUUGCUCUAGGUCUCCAAUUGAACCAGUUUCCAGCGAAUUUUUGCCCUCAAUACGAAAUAGCAGUUUUUAUCUUUAUGGAUGUAAACACAAGCAAUUGGUGGUUACUGUUAAACCAUAAAGAAGUAGGAUAUUGGCCAGCUGAACUAUUCGUGUUAUUGAAAGGAAGUGCUAAAGUGGUUCAGUUUGGCGGUGAAGUGUAUUCCGAAACCAUAGGUAAAGAAGGAGUGAAGCACACAUCAACAGCAAUGGGGAGUGGAGGUGAUGCAAGGGACAUGUAUACUGGUGCAGCUUACAUUCAUCAUGUCCGAAUCAUCGAUUAUUCUUUAACAGCAAAGUACCCUGAAUGGGUUAUGGAGUAUAUGGAUGAACCUUAUUGUUACAGUGCUUACAACUAUGUUCAGUACAUUAAAGAACCAGAAUUUUAUUUUGGAGGCCACGGUAGUCAUUGGAACCCUUAUUGUCGAUGA